AUGGAGACUCUCCCAGAAACUUUCCUGUCUUUGCAGAUGAACCUCAAUCCUGGGGGACACAUAGCAAAUGGGACAACUGUGGAAGAAUUCAUCCAUCUUGGCUUCCCAGGCACGUGGCAUUUCCGGGUCUCCCUUGUGGUGGUAUUUGCACUGACGUGCUCCUUGACAGUAACAUGCAAUGCAUCCAUCAUGGCUCUCAUGUGGAUGAACAGCAACGUCUGUACCCCAAUGUACUUUCUCCUCCGUAAUCUCCCCUUUCUGGAGAUCUGGCACACCACUCGUGUUCUUCCCAAAGCCAUAGGAGUCAUGCUGGGGAGUAGCCAGACCAUCUCCUUCAACGUCUGCAUCCUCCAGUUGUUCUUUCUUCUCUCCCUAGGCUCCACUCAGUGUUUUCUCCUGUCUGUCACGGCUUAUGACCGCUACUUAGACAUACACUACCCCUUGAGAUACAGCUCCCUCAUGAACAGUGUCCUCUCUGCUCGGCUGGCGCUCAGCUCCUGGCUGGGAGGCUGUCUGUCCGUCUCGCUGAUGGCCUUUCUGACAUCCAGGCUGACGUUCUGUGGGCCACAUGUCAUCAAUCAUUUCCUCUGUGAUAUAGAUUCCUGCCUUGCCCUCUCCUGCAGUGACAUGUGGCCCAUGGAGCUAGCAACGUUCCUUACCUCCUAAACUGUUCUGGUGGCCCCCUGUGUGGUUACCCAGCUCUCCUACGUGUACAUCACCUCUUCCAUGCUCAGAAUCAUGUCAACCCAUGGUCAAAAAAAGGUGUUUUCCACUUCCUCCGCCCACCUCAGUGUCGUCACAAUCUGGUAUGGUUCCACCAUGUUCCUGUAUGUCAAGCCAUCGGCCCAGAACUCCCUGGAUCUGAACAAACUCGUCCAUGUCCUCAACACCUCUGUAACUCCUUUGUUGAGCCCCUUCAUUUACACACUCAGGAACAAAGAUGUGAAGCAAGCUCUGUGGUGGGCCUUCCAGAGCAAGUGA